UCCACAGGAGCAAAUUCCAUACCUCUUGUUACAGUAAUUUCUAGCAUACAGCAAUAGUUUGAGAGAAGAAAAGUGGAGAGGAAAAUGAUGGGAUGUUGGUCUUGGUUUUUAUGGAUUCUUGGGCUAGGGAUCAUUUUGGCCAUGGUGGGUAGCCGCUGCGUGCAUGCUACUAUAUCAUGUUCCGAUGCCAUAGUCACAUUGACGCGUUGCAAGCCCUUCUUGACGCGUGGUUCGCGAUUCCCAAGUGUUCUUUGCUGCGUAGUCCUGUCUAACCUGAAUCAUGAAGCUUCUACAAACCAAGAUCGUCGGGACCUUUGUCAUUGUUUGAAGGAUGCUGCCCCUGGCUUUGGGGUCAUCCCAGAAAGAGCUAAGGAGUUGCCUCAAAAGUGUGGUGUUCAAAUUCGGGUGCCCAUCGACUCGGACAUUGACUGUGAUACGAUUCCUAUGCAGAGGGGAAUGAAUUAACAGAGGAAUUGUAGAAUUGCAUCGUCCGAAGAUUUAUAACUAGAAAAGCAUCCUCUUAUCUAAUAGAGUUUAUGAACCCUCCUUGUUACUUUAAUGAAUAGAUGAGAAAUAAAAUUGUAAUUUUAGAAUUCUCUUGUCUAAAAAUAUAGUUUUUAUUAACAA